CGCAGUUCCAACAUCUGCGCCAAGUCGGAAAACGUGCAGACUCCUACAGCAGAUCUCUACAGACACCAUAACCAUGACUAAGACACACCUUGCAGCGAUCCUCCCCCAAAAGGGCGGCCCCUUCGUGGUCGGAGAGCGCCCGACGCCCGAGCCGGGCUCGAACGAAGUCCUGAUCGAGAUCAAAGCCGUCGCUCUCAACCCAGUCGACUACAACCAGCGCACACUCGGGGUGCCCCCUGUCCCGGUGUACCCGGCCGUGAUCGGACAGGACGCGGCCGGGGUGGUCGCCAAGCUCGGCCCCGGCGUGGCCUCCACCUCCCCGGAACUUAAACCCGGAACCCGCGUCCUGGCGCUCGCAACAUCCUUCUACCGCGACGGCCUCCCCGACUACGGCGCCUUCCAGCAAUUCGCCCUCGCCCAGUCCGAACUCGUCAUCCCGCUCCCCGACUCCCUCUCCUUCGAGCAAGGCGCCAUCAUGCCCCUGGCCGUCACCACCGCCUGGAACGCCUGGACAACAAUCAACAUCCCGCUCAACACCCGCUUCACCCCGCAGGACAACCAAGCCGUACUAAUCUGGGGCGGGGCGAGCAGCUGCGGGACCUUUGCAAUCCAAACCGCCAAAACCCUCGGCUUCACCCGCAUUUACACGACCGCCAGCCCCAAACACCACGCCUACCUCAAAUCCCUCGGGGCCCACGCCGUGUUUGACUACCACUCCCCCACCGUCGUCUCACAAAUCGUCAACGCAGUCAAACACGACGGUGUCAUUCUCCGCACAGCACAUUGCGUUGUCAACGGGGGUCUGCAGCCAACGCUGGACGUGCUCAAGGAAACGAAAGGUGAUGCGAAGGCAAAGGUGGUUUACUCGCCGCCUCUGCCGCCCGACCACCCCACGCUGGAGAAUACAGAGAUCAGGAUGAACUGGCCGCCUUUGGAUCCCGUGGAGAGGGACAGGCACUUCUACGAGUGCUUUCACGGGUGGCUGAAGGACGGGCUGCGGUCGGGCUCGGUGGUUCCCAGUCCGGCGAACAUCCAGGUUGAAGGGGGCGGUUUGGAAGGGUUGAAUUCGGCGUUGGAGAAGUGGAAUGCUGGUGUUAGUGGGACGAAGAUUGUUGUGCCGCUUUAACGCAUGAUGUCACGGUGUUGUCACGCAAGGAGGUUAAGUUACCUAGGUACAUGUGUCGUUGCCAUUGGGGAGCGGCAUGAAGAAGGUGCUUGCUUGCAAGAUUGUAGACAUGAGCAUGAUAUUGCUUGCGUGAGGAACAAGAACAGUCCCUCACUGAAGGUGCUGAGCCGCCUAACUACUGAUA